GUAUUGUUCAUUUAUGAUUCUAAGGCGAUUUUUCGGAAAUGGUUGAUUUAUCUGAUGGAAAUUCCUCCUCCCCGAGAAAUCUCAAUGCCGCCCUAGAAAUAGCAUGAAUAUAGGUCAAUAUGUAAAUGAGAGCCGUGACGCGUUGCAGGGAAUCAGGUUUUCAAAAUGGCGUCGAUGUUUAGUGAAAUCAAUUGGAGCUCGGACGAAUAUAACGAAUUUGACGAGUUAGACAGUGCAGAAUUGGAUGAGAACCAACAAGUUGCUGAGCUUGGGAUAUCGCCGUACCAGUAUGAGCCAGAGACAGAUGAAAGUGGAGAGGAAUCUGCUGACGAGUCGGAAAUGGAUCAGGAUGAGCAUGACGAGCCCCCGUUAGAAUUGGAUAAUUGGCAAGUAAAGUGCUCCUGUGGCAAAUGCCAGAUUCUGCCUUCGAAAACAGAGUGUGUAUGUUGUAGAGAGGCUAUACGGGUAAAGGAUAUGGUUGACGUUGGUUGUGUCACAGAUCGUACAGACUUCGAUGCUAUUUGCCUGCACACUGGCGUGUUGAAUGUUGCUUGGUUGGCAUACAAACAACAGUAUGGACGUAACGCCUAUGAAGGACCUGAACACAAGAAGUUGCGACAUAUAGCAUAUCGGCAGUUUGUGCGAUGGUCUCACGGAUAUCUCGGCAAGGACAUUAGAGUUGUAGUGCCAGCAUGUGUAGUGUGCAAGAUACGUGCUUUCUAUCCACCACCUGGUAUCGAGGAGAACAUGAACUUCGAGGGUUUUCAUCAUGUUGAUGAGUGAUGUAAGUCCGAUCGUCAUCGCGGUGGAAGUAGUUACAGCACCUAACAAAAGGACAUCACAUGGCCACUUGGCAUUGUGCCCAAAAGUCUAACUCCUGGUAUGAUAUGAACGCUAAUCUGGCCCAGUGACAUUAUCUUUAGUAGCGUUUAUGCGACUUCAUCUGCUGUAUUGCUUCUGCUUUUGUAGGGCGUUCAAAUCUUGAGCACACUGGGGCUGGGUCCUCGGAGAUGAUGUAGUCCUUUCCGCUGAUGACCAACCUUUUCACCUCCACAGAAAGUUUGUGUGCAUAACCUACAUACAGAAGUUGAAAUUAUGUAUUGAUGAUAAUGCAAUAAUUUAAUCAUACAUGUACAUUAUACGAGUUGCUAUUGCUUGUUUAUUUAUUUACAUAG